CAGAUGCACCUUGUACUGGGGACAAUAAAAGGCCACUCAAAAUGUGCUGUUUUGUCACACAACACAAUACCACAGAUGUCUCAAGUUUUGAUGGAGUGUGCAAUUAGCAUGCUGACUGCAGGAAUUUCCACCAGAGCUGUUGCCAAAGAAUUUAAUGUUCAUUUCUCUACCAUAAGCCACUCAAGUCUUUUGAGAGAAUUUGGCAGUAUGUGCGGUUGUGAGGGGGCGAGCGGUUUGCUGAUGUCAACUUUGUGAACAGAGUGCCCCAUUGUGGGGUUAUGGUAUGGGCAGGUAUAAGCUACAGACAACGAACACAGUUGCAUUUUAUCAAUGGUCAUUUGAAUGCACAGAAAUACCGUGACAAGAUCAUGAGGCACAUUUUUUAAGGUAUCUGUGACCAACAGAUGCAUAUCUGUUUUCCCAGUCAUGUGAAAUUCAUAGAUUAGGGCCUAAUGAAUUUAUGUAAAUUGCCUGAUUUCCUUAUAUGAACUGUAACUAAAGUAACAUCCUUGAAAUUGUUGCAGGCUGCGUUUAUAUUUUUGUUCAGUAUAAUAACAUCGUAUGCGAGCCUACGACCCAUCCAUCCAGUCUUAGAUCUCUCUUCAUGUAGUGUAUGUAUGUGUGUUUUGUCCUAUAUUCUUUAUCCUCGCCCCCAGCCCCCGUCCCAUUUUGCCUUUUUGUAGGCUGACAUUGUAAAUAAGAAUUUGUUCUUAACUGACUUGCCUAGUUAAUUAAAUCAAACAAAAAAAAAUCCACCCGCGCCGUCACAACACAACGAGGUCACCAACGGGUCGUCAUUAGUUACCACAGCCACAAAGAAAAACCCCGCCUAUUUCUACAAUAUGUCUUCUUAAAAUGAUAUUUUAAUCCUAACCCUAUCGUUUACCCUAGCCUUAAACACACUGCUAACCUUAUGCAUAAUCCUAACCUUAAGUUAAGACCAAAAAGCACAUUUUUGUUUUCAUGAUUUUUUACAAUAUAACCAAUCUUGACUUUAUGGCUGUGCUAUCUAGUGGAAACCUUCCAAGUGGGUCCAGGGCAGGUAGCGAUUGGACCAUCUGGAUGUCUAUCGCUUCUUUUUUGGAGGGGGUAGGAAUAACUGAUCCAGCGUUCUCUCCACAGACGCUGGGUCAGUUAUAUACAGUCAUUGGUUUGAAGCAGCUUGCGAAUAUAUCCAAUUAUUGAAGGGUAAAUCAGUGGUAGCCUAUUUUUUUGAACUGUGGAAGGCUGAAAUGUAUUUUCGUAGUUAGCAACGACACCAGUAUCUUAACGAUGAACCGCAGUGUAAUUUAUCGCUCCAUUUUGCCUUUACGCCAAGAACUUUACUGAUAGGCUACAUUUGGCGCCAUACGGUGUUUUUAUUGGAUAUAUGCUAUAUUUUCUAUUUUGGGCUGGAUAUCGAAUCAUAAGGUGAUUUGAAUAGAGCCAACUGCAUAUACGGCGGACAAGCCCUACGGCCACUGUAGCAUCAACCGUUUGUUGAUAAACACGAAUCCUUUCUCAUACAGGACCACCUCCGGUGCAUUGAUGCACCCGUUUCAGUGGUUUAACGUUCCUCUCCCUGUCCCGGUUCUAUCUUCCCCCCUGACCUUAAACUGGUCAUCGACCGACUUGAAUGCUUCAGUGAUAAUGUGGUCUAAUUGACACACACAGAUGGGCUACAGACAACACACGCACGUGGGCGGACUAACCUUCUCUGCAUGGAUUUCAUUGGGUGCUUUUGUGGUCUGGGACUGGUCUACUCCAACAAGUCGUGCACCAUGCCUCCCAUCACCUUCCAGGACCUGCCCCUCAACAUCUACAUGAUCAUCUUCGGAACAGGCAUCUUCAUCUUCAUCCUCAGCCUCAUCUUCUGCUGUUACUUCAUCAGUAAACUAAGACACCAAGCCCAGAGUGAUAGGUUUGGCUACAGAGAGGUGGUUUUAAAAGGAGACCCUAAGAAGUUGAAUCUCCAUGGGCAGACGUGUGCUGUUUGCCUGGAAGACUUCAAAGUCAAAGAUGAGCUGGGAGUGUUGCCAUGCCAACAUGCCUUUCACAGGAAGUGUCUGGUGAAAUGGCUGGAGGUGCGCUGUGUGUGCCCCAUGUGCAACAAAACCAUUGCAGGACCCCCAGAACAGCGCAACAGCAUAGGAACACUACUGGACGAACUGGUGUAACCUAACAACAAGCAUGGAGUGGGCACUGUGAGCUGGUGUAACCUAGCAACCAAUAGAAAGUGAACGCUAUUGUCUGGUGUAUCCUAGAAACCACCCACAGAUGACUGUGAAAUGGUGUAACCUAGCUACCACCUGGAGAGGACUGUGAGAGCUUCUGUUACCUAGCAACCAACACAGAGCUGCAUACAUGAGUCUACACCACACACAGUCUCCAGCUACCCACACUUCACCCAGUGACUCUUUCUCUUUGUCUCUGACUGUCUCACUCUUUUUCUGUCUUUUUCCCCCUUUUUCUCUCACUAGCCUUCUCUGUCCUUUCUGUCACGCUCUCUAUUUCUGUUUUUCUUCUGUUGACUCUGAAUUCUCUCUGACACUCAUUUUCUCACCUUCUCUCUUUUCCUUUCUUUCUGUCUUUUACUUCCUCAGAGGUGAGUUCUAGUUCCAAAGUCAGCAAGAGGGAAGAGCUCCAGACAGUUGGAGAGUGUAGGAGCAGGCAGUUGAUUUGAAUGUGUAAAGACAAGAGUGGAACUGUAAGAACCAUGGUGUUGAGAAAAUACAAAGGGAUGUUCUAUGGGCAUGUGUGUGUGUGUGUGUGUGUGUGUUGUCGCACAGAGAAGUCUGUUUGGGUUUGUCACUUGUUAUAUUUCUUUUUUGUUUAUAACAUGUUUUUUUUCUAUUAUUGUACAUGGACCAAGGCAAUGUGAGCGAUGUGCAUCACCCUCUCACCACAACAUUAUUGUUCUUGGCUGAAAGGUGUUAGUUUUUGAUGUAUUGCACUCUGACACUCUGUGUUUUGUAUACCUCCUGCCAACCAAUGUGUGUAUCGCACUGCACAGGUGGUUUAGUGAAACAUGUUCACAUGUUUUAUAACCUUGCCUGACACCUGAAGACUCAUUUUAGCUCCCAGCAUUAUUGCCUAGGCUUUAGCUCAGUAGACUAUUGUGGUUCUGAAAUGUGGAGAAAUCCUGAAUUUGAUACCUAGCCUAAAUUUGAUACCUAGCCAAUCACAUUAAUAGAUUGAGGUAUCUAAGAACUCAAAGGCAAUGCACCUGCUGUUUUCUGUCGUAUUACUGGUGCAGUAUACCUGUGACAUUACUUUUAUAAAGCAAAGGGUUCUUUGCAAGUUACAGUAGUUUAGAGUUUCAAUGUUGUGUGAUUAUAUCUCAAGACCAACUCCAUCCGAUGGAAUACAGCAUAUGUCAUUUUUCUCAGUAUGUAAUUCUCUCUCUUUGAAGAAUAUGCUUUCAAUUUAUUUUACGUGAUGUUUAAUGGCUCCUUUUCGCACAUCUCUGUGAAAUAAUCUGUAUUUUAAAACUGUUUUACCAGUCGAACACAUACCAAGUAAGCACUGCUUAAAUUGAGCACUACUCCCUAUGCAACUGGGUCCUGGACUGCCUGACGGGCCGCCCCCAGGUGGAGAAGGUGGGCAACAUUACCUCCUCGACACUGGUCCUCAACACGGGCGCGUCCUCAGUCCACUCCUGUAUUUCCUGUAUACCAACGACUGCGUGGCCUCAGACAGUUACAACUCCAUUAUCAAGUUUACUGACGACAUGACAGUAGUAGGCCUGAUCAACGACGAGACAGCCUACAGGGAGGAGGUAGGCACUCUGAUGGCAUGGUGCCAAGGAAACAACCCCUCCCUCGACGUUAGCAAAACAAAGAAGCUGAUUGUGGA